AUGCUUAAAAGAAAAUCAUACACACUAACGUUAAUCAGUGUUGGAUGUGUGGUUAUGUCAAAUUUUUCGGAACAUUUCGAUUUUGUCAUAGUGUAAAAGUGGUGUCUUCUUUCAAAAUCACGUACAAAAGUCGUACGAUUUUUUUUAUCAGGAGGACAUUUGAAUAAAAAAAUAAAAAAAUAAAUAAUGGGUAACGUGUUGGCUGCAUCACAAUCUCAACCAUCAUUACCACCAUCACCAGCCGUGACAAAAGAAACAUUGGAAAAUGCAUCGACCGCACAAACAGACAACUUUUUCAAUGUUGAUGAUCGUGAAAAUCCGGGCACCAUUGAGGAUUUACACAAAAAGUGUAAAGAUGUGAUGCCAACGAAUUUUGAGGGCGCCAAACUAAUGAUUCAAAAAGGUUUGAGUAGCCAUUUUCAAGUGUCACACACAAUUAAUUUGUCAUCGACAACACCAAGUGGUUAUAAAUUUGGUGCCACAUAUGUUGGAACGAAACAAUUAUCACCAACUGAAGCAUUUCCUGUGGUAUUGGGUGAUAUCGAUCCAUCGGGCAAUGUGAAUGCUAAUAUUAUACAUCAAUUUACACCAAACAUACGUUGUAAAUUCGGUUCACAAAUACAAGAUAAUAAAAUUUCGGCCGCUCAAUUGACCACCGAUUACAAAGGCAGCGAUUUCACUGCAUCACUCACACUCGCCAACACAGAUUUGAUCAAUGAAGCUGGUGUUGCUGUCGCUCACUACUUGCAAUCGGUAACAAAAAAUUUGGCACUUGGAGGUGAAUUAGCUUAUCAAUAUGGACGAGCUGUUCCAGGAGGCGAAAUUGCUGUUAUAUCGGCUGCGGCUCGUUACCAAAACGGUUUGUCAACAUGGUCCGGAACGGCUGGCCUGGCCGGUGUUCAUGUUUGCUAUUAUCGCAAAGCCAGUGAACAAUUACAAUUUGGUGUUGAGGUUGAAACAAAUUUUCGUGUACAAGAGGCUGUCGGAACGUUUGGCUAUCAAAUUGAUUUACCAAAAGCCGAUUUAGUGUUCCGCGGAAUGUUAGAUACAAAUUGGAAUGUGGGCGCCGUGCUUGAAAAACGCUUGCUACCGUUACCAUUUACACUCGCCAUAAGUGGUCAUUUGAAUCACGUUAAAAAUCAACAUCGGCUGGGCAUUGGCAUGAUCAUUGGUUAGACAUUUUAAAAGCAAGCGCAAAGAAAUAAGAUUGAAUACCAAUCUUUUAGAGGAGAUGAUUUAAAAAUAUUUCAGUCAUAUCCAGUUUUUUGUUGUUGGAAUAAUGCAUUUCCCUAAGAUAAAUAAAAAAAAA